AUGAUUGAAAAGGCAGGUAGUCAUGGUAUAGUACGUUCUGAGACUGCACGUGAAGGAAGGGAGAACCAAGUUUAUUCUGCCAUUACUGGUGCAAGAUUGGUUGCUGGCUGCAUCUGUUUGACUCCCGACAAGAAGGAAGUUCUUAUGAUCACUUCUUCUGCACAUAAGAAGAGAUGGAUUGUGCCUAAAGGAGGUGUUGAAAAAGAUGAACCUGAUUAUGAAACGACGGCACAAAGAGAAACUUGGGAAGAAGCUGGUUGCGUGGGUAAAAUUGUUGCCAACUUGGGUACGGUGGAAGAUAUGAGACCUCCAAAGGAUUGGAACAAAGAUAUAAAGCAAUUUGAGACCGCAAGAGAUGAUCCUGAAGUAGCAAAACAUCCACCUAGAACCGAGUUUCAUUUUUACGAGUUGGAGAUUGAAAAGCUCAUUGAAAAGUUCCCUGAAUGUCAUAAAAGACACAGACAACUAUACUCUUAUGCGGAAGCCAAAAAACACUUGAUAAACGCAAAAAGACCCGAAUUGCUAGAAGCCCUGGAUAGGUCCUCUAUUAUUAAGGAUGUUAGUGAUAAGUAG